GCAGGGGUGGGGGGCGGAGGGAGGGGAAUGUGCAUGGAGACAUGUGUGUGCGUGCGCGCGUGUGUGUGUGCGUGCGUGCGUGUGCUCAUGCACACCUGCCUUCUCCACUGCCCCAGCCCAGGGUGUGCUUGCUGACGAGACUCGUUCCGGGGGGCUCCCUCCCGCCCCAGCCAGCCAGGAGGACGGACCCUACACGGGGAGGACCCCGUAUACCACCAGCAUCUCUCCCGCACCGUGAGCAGUGGGACCCGCCCAGCCCCGACUCACACCGUGUCCGCGGACCCCCUGCGCCUGCCUGAGUCUGGAGCGCCGGCCCAGGGCAGCGGUCAGCAGGGACCUGCAUGGCCGCCCUACUGAUGCCCCGCAGGAACAAAGGCAUGAGAACGCGACUAGGCUGCCUGUCCCACAAGUCGGACUCUUGUAGUGACUUCACGGCCAUCCUGCCCGACAAGCCCAACCGGGCUCUCAAGAGGUUAUCCACAGAGGAAGCCACCAGAUGGGCAGACUCCUUUGACGUCCUUCUCGCCCAUAAGUAUGGGGUGGCCGCCUUCCGCGCCUUCCUGAAGACAGAGUUCAGCGAGGAGAACCUGGAGUUCUGGCUGGCCUGCGAGGACUUCAAGAAGACGCGCUCCGCGGGCAAGCUGGCCGCCAAGGCCCUGCGCAUCUUCGAGGAGUUCGUGGACGUGCAGGCACCCCGCGAGGUCAACAUCGACUUCCAAACCCGAGAAACCACCAGGAAAAACAUCCAGGAGCCGUCCCCGAGCUGCUUCGACCAGGCGCAGGGCAAAGUGCACAGCCUGAUGGAGAAGGACUCGUACCCCCGGUUCCUGCGGUCCAAGAUGUACCUAGACCUGCUUUCGCAAAGCCAGCGGCGGCUCAGCUAGGCCUCGGACAGCGGCUGGGACUGGAGUCUAGAAACAUCCUGGCGAGGGGGCGGGGGUCCCCGAGGCAGUGAGGCGGGCUGGAGGCCGGGGGUCUCCGGAGGGCUGCCCCCCACCCCCAGCCCCACCCGGCCAUGGGCCC